ACACAAACUCAUACAACACACUGUUUGAGUAAUGUCAACUGCAAAAAAAGUAUAAGAAAAGAUUUCUUACCGAGAAUGUGUACAAAAAUAGACGGGUUUAGCCCAGUUACUAAAUAUCUGGAGCUAUUACCACAGUUUCAUGGAAAGCGAGUGUUCAUCGUUACGAAAUGUUGGAGAUUUAUAGCCGCGCGCUGGAUCGACGUUUAAGACUGAUGUGAGAUUAAUAAAUGAUGGGGUUGGAGAACGGUAUAACUGAUAUACCUUAUGAGGUCCACUCUUCGGAAGACCUGGGUCGAUACCUCAUAGCCGCUCGAGACCUGAUGCCAGGUGAUUUGGUGUUGACUGAGCGACCUCUAGUCUUCGCUCCGAAGGCUCUGCCUGAUCCUGAAGCAUGCAUGCCUUGCGUCGGGUGUUAUAAGCCUGUCCUUACUGAUGUUGGGGAGAGAUGUGCUAAAUGCGGCUGGCCUGUUUGCAGCGGCAACUGUCCAGGGUUGAGAGACGUUCGCCAUCAUGCUGCUGAGUGCGAAGUCCUUAGCUUGCGGCCCGAUUGUGUGCUCGAUAAUAUGGCUGAGUAUUACAGACACGAUGCCCUUCUCUCUCUGAGAUGUCUACUCCUGCAGAAGACAGAUCCUGAAAAUUGGAAGAAGUUGUUGGAAAUGCAGUCCCAUAUGGAAUGUCGUACUCCGGGAACCGAAUCUUAUGAUGAAGCCGAUGAAUUCGUUGUCCAAUAUCUAAUGAACAACUUUAUCAAUAAAUUUGAUGGAAAACUCAAGAAAGAUGUACCAGAAUCAUCAAAAGCAAUCCUACAUAGAAUAUGUGGUAUCGUCGAUACUAAUGCCUUAGAGAUUCGUUUACAACAAGGUACAGAGUUAUUAGGCCUAUAUUCCAACACAUGUGUCAUGGAACAUAGUUGCAUACCUAACACUAAACAUUCAUUCGUUCAUUCGCCAAAAGAUAAGAAUGAUGUCUUCAAAAUUACCGUCAAAAUAGUCGUCCCAGUUGUUAAAGGCAGUCAUAUAACCACUAUGUACAGUCAUGCAUUAUGGGGUACGCAAGCAAGAAGACAGCAUUUAAAAGAUUCUAAAUACUUCGCUUGCAAAUGCCAGAGGUGCUCCGAUCCGACUGAAUUGGGAACUUACCUAAGUGCUAUGAAGUGUCUAGGAGAUGGUAAUAAUCCUUGUGAUGGAAUACAUUUUCCUGAGGAUCCUUUAGAUGACGAAAGCGAUUGGGCUUGCAACAAAUGUAAAGUAAAAGUUAGUAGUUCUCAGGUUAACAUGUUAAUAUCCCAAAUGGGUGAACAAGUUGACAAUGUACAAAUGAUGGGUGGAUCGGUGCCUACAUUAGAAAACUUGCUAUGUCGUCUUUCUACUUUCCUGCAUCCGAACCACUACCAUAUUUAUUCCAUAAAGCAUUCACUUGUGCAGCUUUAUGGGCGACAGCCUAAUUACAUGUCCCAAGAGUAUUUAGAUAAAAAAAUAAAGAUGUGCAACGAUUUAAUCAAUAUCACCAAAACUUUAGACCCGGGGAAUGCUAGGCUUAGCCUGUACAGGUCCGUUUUGCAACACGAAUUGCAUUCAGCAUUGGUUUUGACAUCUAAAAAGGCAAAUUCUGAUGGUUCAUUCAAGUCUGAUGAAGAUGUAAAAGCCCUCCUAGUUGAAGCAAAGACGGCCAUUGAAGAUGCUUUGAAUUGUCUCAAAGAUGAUAUGGAAGAAACUGCAGGCAAGAAGUUGUAUGCCGUCAUAGAAAAAACUAAGAAGGAAUUUGAAAAAUAUUGCAAGGAAAAGCAGUUGAAUAUUUGAAUAGUUUAUUGGUAUCACACUUUCUUACAUCUAGUUUCUUUUCUUUUUACCUAUUUUAUUAGUAAUAUCACAGUAAUUUUCUUUGUAUAAAUAAAUACGAAUCUUAAAUUA